AAUGAUGUUUUGGUACAUACUAUUACUAUCUCAUGUAGCCAAAAUUCAAUAUGCUACAGUCAUGCACAAGUACUGUCAGAUGUGCGACGCAUAAUCUGAGCGACAACCUACUCCGAAGCUAUAGCUCUGCGCCAUCUGCACAAGCAAAGCUCGUCAAACAAUCUCUGCGCAAUCUUCUCCGAGAGACAGCUCAGCCUGUGGCGGUAGUCACGUCAACCCUACCAGACCAUGAAACUGCACCACGAAGUGAUCCGUCCAUACAAUACCAGAAAAAAGCACCGUCAAUCUUUCAUGGCGCUACAUUGUCGUCUUUCACGUCCAUCGCGCUCGAUCCGCAUCCGCUUGUCGCAUUCUCUCUCCGCGUCCCUUCACGGAUGGCUCUGGCUCUAAAUGGCCACGCAUCAAAGCCCCAAAUGCAAAUGUCGUCCCAUAUGGUCGUCAACAUCCUUUCUGCUGCACAACCCCAUAUUGCACAAUUGUUCUCCCGUCCAGAUCUGCACCCCUUUUCGAAUUCGGAGGUGCAGUGGACGCAGUCUGCAGAUGGUCUCCCAGUGAUCAAAGGUGCUUUAGGCGCGCUCUCCUGCGCUGUGGUCGGUCGGUCAUUGCCCUUGAGUGAUACGCGGUGGUUGCAUUCGAGCAUGGAGGAGUGGGAAACGGAGGUGCAGCAAGUAGAAGGCGGCAGUGGGUUGGCUUCAGAGCUAUUCAUCGCACGUGUUUUACGUGUGGAGGAUGUCCAAGAGCCGGAGGGUCAGUUCAAGAAUGACAAAUUAUGGACGUUACCUUUACUCUAUCACCGAAGAGCCUACACCACUGUGGGCAAGAUACCAAACCCAUGACUCAUCUCGAAUAUGUUCGACAAUAAUCGAUGAUCUGUCGGCAUCCACUCGUAACUCAGAGUUCAUCAAUCCAUCAGGUCUCUCCCACUGAAAUGAAUGAAACACAUGAUAUCACGUAGAUCUCCGGAAGUCUAUGACUA